ACAGGUAAUCCGCAGAGUAAAGUUUAGUUUCCGAAAGUUACCUGCUGUCUUGUAACUUGCCUGCAAGUACUGUUUUCCUCAAAUCCUCAUUAAGUACUAUCUAAGCUUCAUUAUCAGCACCAAUGUAAACAAUGUUUACUUUAGUCCUGUUUUCAAUUUCAAAUUCUUUCGUUUGGGGCGCUAAGUAAUCGAUUCCUGCCGGAUCUACUGCAUACAAUUAACAACCCUCAUUUACGUCUGGUCAAUGACAGAGCUGUUUUAAUCAAUAACUUCUUUUUCGCGCGCCGCGUCCUUGGUUUUUUUCCCCGGCGCGACUUUUUCUGCGCGUAUUUCGUUUAUUAUGUGUCAAUCGGUCCGCGGUUUUUUCUAUAUGAACGAUGCGUCUAACGCGCCUUACCUCGUUUUCGACGAUUCCGCAAAAAGCUUAGCAAAAAAGCAAAAGCUCGUCCAAAAAAUCGUCUACCGAACAGUAUCUCGUAUCGCCGGUCUUGUAGCCAUUUUAAUUAUUAUUUAAUACCAAGGGACGAGCACGUGGCGACGCGCGCUAUCUCGCUCCCGCUACGGAAGCUGUACGGCGCCCGCCGCUUGCCGUCUCCUUUACUCUGAGCCCACUUACACACAUAAAAAUCGUGAAUAAUAAAAAAAUGUGUACACAUUUUUUUCGCUUAACCACCGCGUCACUGUGUGCGUUCGGCCUCACGCCGCUAGAGCAAGACGCAGCUACGCGAGAGAGCAGUACCGAGUGCUCCCCACUCCGAUUUUUUAAGCUCUGCUGUCGAUGUUAGCGUCCGUGUGAUUUUUUUCAUUUUUAUGUGUUAGUGUACCCCUCGCGCGGUGUAGUUCACUUUUUCUACUAUAGAUCUGAAUUUCAGUCUCGUUUUUGCCGCGUCGGUCUAAAGGCGGACGAGCGGGCGUUUUGUAUUGCAUUUUUGUGAUGCGAGUAGCCGGUGGUGGCUCGUAGUACUUUAUCUGAGCAACAUUGCGUCUGGAGAGGCCGGCUUUUUGUGCGAGCACAUGUCGUCUUGAGGAGUCCUCACACUCGCGUACUGCAAGCCGGUGCACGCGCGAAUCGCCUGGUGCGAGAGGGACGGAACACUCCAUCACGUGUGAAUUACCCAUAACUACAAUAAUUUAUAUAGCACACUAAAAUAUUGAGCACAAAAAAAAAUCUGGUAAUUUGGAUCCUAGUAACGACGCCCGGCAUUCAUAAUUUAGCCGCAGGGUCAAGAGCACGGUUCGGUGUUUUUUUUAUGAUCGCCGGCAUUUUUUAAAUGUUUAUUUGCAAGGAGCACGUGGAUUUUUUGAGUAAUUUUGGCGAUAAAGCCUUGGACUGUUGCCUUUCGGACGUGUUGUGACAUUAGUGUUACCUUUAUUAUGUGAUAUAUUUUUAGUGACAUUAUAGAUAGGAACAAACUGUGAUUUAUUAUGGUGAUAUAGUUGGUGAUUGUGAAGAUUUUUGGAUAGUGACAGCCCAAUGAAAACGGAGGAUCUCGCAUGUAUUCCAUGACAUUAAUAUCAAAGGAAACUUAAGACACGUAUUUUUACAAGUGCCAAAACACGAGACAGUUUAUACAAUUUAGAUAGAAAUAUAAUUAUAGUAGCCAAGAUGAUGGAAGGAAGGACAAUCGACUACAGACCAGAUGGAGGUGGCUUAGAUUAUCACAAUUCGCCGUUAAUGGCAGAAAUACCAGUAGACAAUUAUUCCCAUAUACAUAGAAGUAUAGAGCACUUAAGAUCAAUAGGAGUGCCCCCGCCUUUAGACCAUCAUAGACAUUUAGCAACGAAUCUAGCAGAUUUAAGAAGAUAUGAGCAUCCUGAUGAGAUGCCAGAAAUUAAACCGUCCGUGCUUAGACUAUCAGAGUUCAAAAGUGGCUUGCAAGAGUUGAGGGCUCAGAACGAUCAGGAGAACGAUGUGCAGAGACAGAUGACGCCUCAUGAUGAUGGGCCAAAAGGAUACAGUGCACCAUCAACGCCGCUGUCAGAAAAUGGAGGGCAGACCAUCCAGGAGGAAAAGGUUUUCGGCUCGAAAGCAGACCUGCAGCUGCACACCCAGAUCCACCUUCGUGAAGCGAAGCCCUACCGCUGCACACAGUGCCCGAAAGCCUUCGCGAACUCAUCGUACCUGGCACAACACUCCCGCAUCCACCUGGGCAUCAAGCCCUACCGCUGCGAGAUCUGCCAGAGGAAGUUCACCCAGCUAUCGCACCUCCAGCAGCACAUCCGAACGCACACUGGAGACAAGCCCUACCGUUGCACCCAAAUCGGAUGCACCAAAGCCUUCUCCCAGCUCUCAAACCUCCAAAGCCACAGCCGCUGCCAUCAGACCGACAAGCCCUUCAAAUGCAACUCCUGCUAUAAGUGCUUCACCCACGAGAAGGACCUGCUCGAACACAUCCCCAAACACAAAGAAUCCAAACACUUGAAGACUCAUAUAUGCCAGUAUUGUGGCAAGAGCUAUACGCAGGAGACGUACCUUAGUAAGCACAUGAACAAACAUGCGGAGAGAGCCGACAAGCGGCCGCCGAUCUCUGCUUUAGGAUUGAGUGGAUUGAAUAGAUCGUUGGGCGCGGCUGCGCCUACUGCCGCGCCGUUCGGCGAGCAUCCUUACUGGCCGAAGGUGAGCCCUGACUCAGCCGCGCACAUGUCAGAUGACGGUGGCUACCACCAUCAGCGGGAGAGUGAUGAGCACCACGAGCAGCAGCUGCAGCAGCAGCGCGCGCUGUUCGCGCAGCACGAGAGCCAGGACGACCGCAUCCAGCCGCCGGUCUCUUCAGCCGCUAACUCUGCGUUCACGCCCAUCAACUCGAUGGCGCCGCACCUCAACGGGCUGUCGCACCACAGCGCGCUGCCCACGCGGCCCUACCUCUACGACCCCCUCCACUUCCAGCAAGGCAAGCAGCAGCCGAACUCGUUCCCCAACCAGCUGAUCUCGCUGCACCAGAUCAGGAACUACGCGCACCAGCCCUCGGCCCUGCUGCCCGCCGAACACAUCCUCCCGCAUGCGCUCUCGCACAAGGACAAGCAGUAACUUACCGUAGGUACACUCGCUAUAGUAUGUACUUAUGAUGGUAUUACUAGUUAUAUAAUUAUCGAAAUAUUAAAAAAAAUAUUUAGAAUCUCGCUCUCGAAGACAGUGGUAUUACGGUUUUAUCGUUAGUGAAACAAAUUCAUGUUUUUAGAAAUAAAAAAUUGUAUGGAUACUCUGAAUUUUGUGCGUAGAUAACAAAAUUUGAUGGGUAUGAAUGUGAUUUCGGAUUUAUUUACGAAUUAUUGAUUAGUUUUUUUAUUUACGGUUGUAACUUAAUAAUUGUUGGUCCGGGAGUUUGAUCGUCAAUUAAGGUCGAAGGCAUUUAUUAUCCUGCUGUAAUCGAGAAAAAAGACUAGAAAUCACGAUUCUUAUUGAAUUGAAUUCUUAAUAUUUGUGAUAUGGGUAUAGAAAUAUGAGAUAUUUUUAUCUAUAGUACUUAUUACUUGUAUGUUACAUUUUGUAUGUUUGUGUUAUUGUUUGUCUUGUUUUCGGUAUUGUUCAGCAGUUUCAAAUUAUCGAUCAAACUAUCGCAGCAACGUAUCGCAUAAUAUUUUCACUGAAUAUAAUAAAACUAAUCUUUAAUGCGGUCGGAACUUGAUAGGAAUCAUAUUUGAGACUCUCUAUUUUCCUCGUUUCUUGCAACAAAAGCAUAAUAUUUAAUCGAUGCAUAAUUUGAAUCCAGUGAUUAAGUAUAUUAUUUUUACAAUUAUUUUAUAGAAUCUACAAAACUUGUAAAUUUUUAAUUAUUUUCUAUUUGUAAAAACGAAAAAAGAACGCAUCUCAACUUUUAGACGUUUUAUCAAUUUUAAAUAUUUUUUAGAUCACAUUAAAAUUUAGAGGGAGACUGGAUACUAUGAUAUAGUAUAUAAUUUAUUCACAAUUUAACAUAAGUAAUGAAAUAAUUGAAUCAAAAAGUUCCUGAAAAACAAGUAUUUGUUACGCAAAGCUUGAAUUGAUCACACCUACAUUAUUACUUCAGUUGCAUUUUAAUUAUAUUCAUUAAGAAUAACAGAUCUCUUAACUUCACAUUUGCACUCAGUUCCUACUUAGAUCAUAUUAUUAUGUAUUUGUAGCAUUAUCUAUUGAACUAUCAUUUUAUUUUAGUAUCUUUAUAAUUUCUCUCCAAAUUCUAGAAAAUGUAUUCUUCCUGAUUUUGAAAUCGAUUAACGAACAAAUUUAGGUUAUAUUAUAAAGCUGUCACGGGUCGAAUAUAUUUUCUAUGUUAUAAGAUAUUUCCCUAUGUAUAAAUACAAUUUUGAGUGGCCAAAAUUGCUUAUUUUACGUCACAAUAAAAGGUGCACUUUUUGUAAAUAUUUUGUAAAUACGAAUACGAUUUUGAGAGAAGGAUCCUUGGAAAUUUAUUGGAGAAUGUUUUCGUUUACUUUACGAUAUAAAAGUGCUUCUGCUCAAUUAUAUUAGCCUUACUCGUAGGUCGCGAAUGUUGGGAUUGUAUUAUAUUCCUAUUUUCCGUACUUAAUAGGACCUCCAGACAUCGAUUUUUUAGACUAGUUUCAAAGUAUACGACACAGGAACUGUUGAUUUGUUUUGUUUUUUACGAAUCAGCAUUAGUAGUUAAAAUUAUUGAAAAAAUUGUGAUAGUGGAUGGAACGGGAAAGAGUGACUAUUUUUGGAGGAAUGUCUAUUUUCCUUCUUCGUUAAUUUGCUAUUAAUCUUUAGUUAUAGAACGUUAGGUUGUGGUUACGUUAGGGGUCCGCGGGGCAAGAUGGCCGUCUGUCUGUCACAAAUUAGCCAAAUCUAUAUUUUACUUGUACAAAUUUGUUUUCUCUUUAAUUUUAGAUAAAGGCAAUAAGUAUUUCUUCCGAACAUUUGUUUAGUUAGUAUUUGUUUAAUAACUGUAACAUGACAUUGAGCCAAGAUUUACCCAUUAUGUUUCAAUUUUUGGAUUUAAGGGAAUAAAAAAAAUUGUCAAUAUCUCUCAAUUGUAAGUAGACAUGUGAUAUUGUAAUUUGAUUUUUUAAGUUAAUUGUAAACUUAUUAUUAUGAAUACGAUAUUUUUGUAAGUAUUUUUUUUUUCGUUUUACGUUAAUUCUCGCUUUUUCUAGCGUUCUCGUUUUAAGAUUUAUAGAUGAAAAUGAACGAAAAUCAUUUUUUGUUACUUAAAAUUGAUUAAAAAUUAAUUACAACUAUGCCAAGAAUUAUA